AUGUGUCGUCUUGCAUCCACAACGAUCGUUCUCUUUCUUCAAAUCAUUACAUCUUUUCUCUUCACUACCACCACUUCCUCACGGCCCUCACCAUCACCUCCUCUCGGCGGCUUAACCUUCGACUUAUUCCACCGUCGCACUAACUCCUCUUCUUCACGACCCUCUAACACCAACGAUGGAUCAUCUCCUUACGCAAGCACCGUCUUUGAAUUCAGCGAAUACGUAAUGAAAUUACAAAUCGGUACUCCUCCUGUCGAGAUUGAAGCUAUCAUAGAUACUGGAAGCGAGGUCAUAUGGACACAAUGCUUGCCUUGUAUCAAGUGCUUCAACCAACCAGCUCCCAUAUUCGAUCCAUCUAAAUCCUCAACCUACAGAGACAAAAAAUGCCACUUCGGUCCCCUAUUCAGUCACACUUGUAAAUACGACAUCACUUACGCAAACCAUGACUACUCCAGAGGAACGUACGCGACCGAGACGGUCACGAUCCAAUCAACUUCAGGCCAACCUUUUGUGAUGCCUGAAACUACCAUAGGCUGUGGUCACGACAACUCAGGAUUAUCAUCGACCCCGGCCGCUUCGGGCAUCGUUGGUCUAGAUUGGGGAGCUUCAUCACUCAUCUCUCAGAUGGGACAAGACUACUUAGGUCUUUUCUCCUACUGCUUCUCCGGUAGUGGAACUAGUAAGAUCAACUUUGGAGGUAAUGCUAUCGUGGCAGGAGAUGGUGUCGUUACAACGCCUAUUUUUAGAAAGAAUGAGGAAAAUUACUUUUAUUACCUCUUGACCAAAAAAAAAAACGUUUUCUAUUACCUAAACCUAGACGCGAUAAGCGUUGGGGAGACAAGACUUGAGACGCUGGGGACAGACUUUCACUCGUUGGAAGGGAACAUAAUCAUAGACUCUGGAACUACUUACACUUACUUGCCCGAGAGCUACUGCAACAACGUGAGGGAUGCUGUUGAUAAAGCUGUGCAAGCCGAACGAUCAACUUUAUCAGACGGGGAGUUUUGUUACAAUACCGACGAUGUUACGAAGUAUCCGGUGAUCACGAUGCAUUUCUCAGGAGGUGCUGAUCUUAAGAUGGAGCAUUACAAUAUGUUUGUACAAAUUGGAGGAUCGUAUUGUUUGGCGAUUCUGUGUGGUAGUCGAGCGACAUAUAGAAACAGAGCACAGAACAAUUUGUUGGUUGGUUAUGAUAUUUCUUCACAGCUUGUUUCUUUUAAGUCCACCGAUUGUUCUACAUUGUGGGGUUGA